AUGCCGCCGACUAUUAAUUUCAUGGAAGAUGCUAAAGAGAGCUCCUACGGAUUUGUUUAUGGCGUUUCCGGACCUGUUGUAACAGCCGAAAAAAUGGCCGGCUCAGCAAUGUAUGAGUUGGUGCGCGUUGGACAUUCCGAACUGGUCGGUGAAAUUAUCCGUUUGGAAGAUGAUUAUGCUACGAUUCAAGUUUACGAAGAUACAUCAGCAGUAGCAAUAGGUGAUCCUGUACUUCGAACCGGUAAACCAUUAUCAGUAGAACUAGGUCCUGGCAUUAUGGGUUCCAUUUUCGAUGAUCUAACACAAUCCAUUUACAUUCCCAAAGGUGUUAACGUUAAUGCGCUUUCACGUGAUGCACUUUGGGAGUUUGAACCGAACCGUAAGCUCACUGUUGGUGAUCACAUUACGGGUGGUGAUACCAUCGGUUUUGUGCGUGAAAACGUUCUCAUCAACCACCGAAUAAUGCUUCCACCAACAGCAUGUGGCACAAUUACGUAUAUAGCAGCAGGUGGUGAAUAUCACGUCACUGAUACUGUGUUGGAAACUGAAUUUGCUGGAGAAAAAUCCAAAUUCACAAUGCUUCAAAUCUGGCCUGUGCGUCAGCCACGUCCGUGUGCUGAAAAACUGGCAGCUAAUUUCCCCUUAUUGUGUGGCCAACGCGUUCUGGAUGCAUUGUUCCCUUGUGUCCAAGGUGGUACCACUGCUGUUCCAGGAGCAUUCGGUUGUGGUAAAACUGUUAUUUCACAGUCAUUAUCCAAAUUCUCCAAUUCUGAUGCCAUUAUUUAUGUUGGAUGUGGUGAACGAGGUAAUGAGAUGUCAGAAGUACUACGUGACUUUCCGGAACUGACUAUGGAAGUCAACGGUGUCACUACAUCAAUCAUGAAGCGAACGGCUUUGGUUGCUAAUACAUCAAAUAUGCCUGUAGCCGCACGUGAAGCAUCAAUUUAUACCGGCAUUACAUUGGCUGAAUAUUUCCGUGACAUGGGUCUGAAUGUCUCCAUGAUGGCUGACUCUACGUCACGAUGGGCCGAAGCUCUUCGUGAAAUUUCUGGUCGUUUGGGUGAAAUGCCUGCCGAUUCCGGUUAUCCAGCAUAUCUCGCUGCUCGUUUGGCAUCGUUCUAUGAACGAGCCGGUAAAGUGAAAUGUCUCGGAAGUCCAGAACGUGAAGGAUCGGUCACUAUUGUGGGUGCUGUUUCACCACCUGGUGGUGAUUUUGCUGAUCCGGUCACUUCGGCUACUCUUGGUAUUGUUCAGGUAUUCUGGGGGUUGGACAAGAAAUUGGCGCAGCGUAAACAUUUUCCAUCAAUUAAUUGGCUAAUAUCGUAUAGCAAAUAUAUGAGAGCGUUGGAUGAAUAUUAUGACAAAAAUUUCCCAGAAUUUGUUGCUCUACGUACAACAUGCAAGGAAAUUCUUCAGGAAGAAGAAGAUUUGUCUGAAAUUGUACAAUUGGUGGGUAAAGCUUCACUAGCUGAAUCGGAUAAGAUUACCCUAGAAGUGGCUAAGCUGAUCAAGGAUGACUUCUUGCAGCAGAACGGCUAUACACCCUACGAUCGAUUCUGUCCAUUCUACAAAACGGUGGGAAUGCUGAAAAACAUGAUUGCCUUCUAUGAUAUGGCAAAGCACGCUGUAGAAUCAACGGCACAAGCUGAAAAUAAGAUUACCUGGUCAAUAAUUCGUGAUCACAUGGGUGACAUCAUGUAUGAGCUGUCAUGUAUGAAAUUCAAAGAUCCAGUCAAGGAUGGUGAACAAAAAAUUAAGAAAGAUUAUGAUGAAUUACUGGAACAAAUGCAGACUGCUUUCAGAAAUCUAGAAGAAUAA